CAGCGGAUACGUGCUUGUAAAACUCGGAGCUUCGCUCGGAUUAAAACGGGCUCGAGUGCAGCCGAAGUUGCAGACGAAAGAUCGCGCGCGUUCACUAGAUCUGCCAGUGAUUCACUAGAUCAUUGAUCGAGGCAACGCGUUCAUUGUGUCACAGGCGCUCGACUGAUGGCUGUUACGAAACCUGCUUAUGCCACGAAUAGGAGAUGACGCGAUCUGCAAAUCGCGGGGGAUGACGCAUUCGAUGACGGAACGCACCCCGUGAAGAAGCGGCAAUGAAAUCGAACGUGCUUAUGGCUCGAUCAAGUGGGAACAAUUACGAUUGCAGUCACGAUCACAGUCAUCACGCUCAUCACGGUGAUCACACUGUUAUCGGCAACGUCACCGCCAAGGUGCCGAGAUUGAGUUUCAAAGAAUCAAGAUCGAUCAGAGAGAGGUAUCGUUAGACCACGCGAUCUCUGCGAAGCGAUAACGACACGAAUAACGUCGACGUCUUUCCAAACGCGAGUCAUCCUCAGUACAUGGAGAGAGGAGGAAGAUCAAAGUGAAAACUCAGGCGAGAAAGACGAAGGUCGAAAGCGAGAUCGUGCGAGAGAAUAAGGCUGCAGGCGAGGAAGAGUCGAAGAUGAGGACAUCGGCAUGAGCCAGGGAAAGCGAAACUGCUGAGAGCGUGGUUUCGGCGUCGGCGAAACCAAGAGACGGAGACAGUGCCGUAGUCCUGGGGGCCCAGGGUAUACGCAACAUCUAUUAAUAACUUGGUAAUACGGUAGUAGUGGGGCGCUGUCCGCUAGCGGGUGAAAAUAGAAAAGAAUGUUUUUGGAAUCCAAUUGGACUUGGUUGGCCGAACGAUGGGGCAAUAUGGCCGACUUGGCCGAGCGGGUGGACGAUCUGAUAUGCAGUUUCGACUCGGCUGGUGACACGACCAUGGAUACGCUAUCGAUGCUGAUAUUCGGCUGGAUGUUGUUCGGGCUGGUGGUACUCUGUGUUGGCAAAUACGUUUACAAUCGGUUCGUUUUGAACGAGCUUGCCUCUGGGACGAUUGUUACCGCCAAGGACGGCCAUAUCGUCCACGGUGAUAGCGUCGGUGUCAGUGGUGGUGGUGGUGGUGGUGGUACUGCCGGUGGUGGAGGUGGUGGUGGUGGCGGCAGUGGCGGCAAGUUACUUUCGCUUGGUAAACAAAAAAUCGUUUCAUCGGGUUCGGCAUCGUCGGGUAUCGGGGCAGGUGGUGGCGGUGGUGCCGGCUCCGGGUCGCUCGCAGCCGCCGCUCAUCCAUCCGGUGGCGGUACCAGCUCCGCUUCCGGUAUCGGCUCGUCGCCUUCUUCCUACGUCCCGCCGACACCUCCUGUGCGCAAACGUCUCACCGCCCGGAAAACAUCCGGUGCUCUCAUCAGCCCGGCAAGAAGCAGCAAAAGUUUGAAUCUACCGACCGCCACUGGCGCCGAUCCGGAUGCAGUUCGCUGGGUCAACGAGAUCAUCGUUUGGCUCUACUCCGAUCCGGCGGUUUUGGACGAACUGUUGGCUGUUUGGGUCGGAUCCCUCAACGAGUUUACCGCCAAUUCUGUUGACGAGCACGGAGUCGGAGUCGAGUUUGUUCGAGUUCUGCCUGAAACACAUCCACCGAAUCUUUCAAAUAUCUUUUGCGAGUGCGACUCCAAGGAUGACGUGACGAUCACGUGCGAUUGCGAGGCUACUCCAGCGUUACAGCUAAAAGCGUCCCGCCGGAAAGCCGAUAAACUCGAAGUCAGCCACUAUCGCGUCAACGUAAAUCGCUUCCGCGCGCGAUUGAACGUCAUUUGCAUUACCGAGAAGCUUCUCCUAGAUUUGAAAUGCGACGGCUGGCCGGACGUGAAAGUCUCGCUGGCGCAAGUAGGCACGAUAAAGAAAGAUCUGGACGAGAGCCAGUUGCAGGAAGUCGUAACGGAAAUCGUAAUAGGCGCGCUAAGGGGGACCAAUGUUCAUCUGAAUUUAUUCCAAUAUCCGAGCUGUCCACGGUUAUGGAGGGAACCAGUGGCCACUCAACCCAGCUUUUCGAUGCCUAUGCAUUACGACAACGUGACUACGUCGAGCGGUUCGCUUCAAGCCUCGAGACAACGGCUUCAGACUCAAAGUCCAACACCGACGCAGAAUCAGUAUAUAUUCAGUGACAGAAGAUUGCUCGUUAAAGUGGUCAGAGCGGCGGAAUUAGGCGGCGAGCAAGGUGCUUUUGAGCCGUAUUGUGUCGUCGAAUUGGACGAACCAUCGCAGAAAAAUCAGACCUCUGUUAAGAAGGACACACGCAAUCCAUUAUGGGACGAGGCAUUCUUAUUCGACGUUAAUCGGAAUACGUCGGAAGUGUUGCUGGAAGUUUACGAUCGCGUGAACAAGUCCCAACGAUUCUUAGGUUUAGGAAUUGUCGGGAUCGACGAGCUACUCGCGAAUCCGAGCCAGAGGCAGAUAAUACCGCUUCAAAAUCGGCCGUACGAGGAAGAGGAUAUCACCGGCACCUUGACCGUCGAGUUUUUAUUCAUCGAGGGUGCGGAGGUGCCUCAAAUUGGGAGCAAACCUUACAAGGUGAAGGAGACGAUAAAGCCGGUGUCACCGACUCCUCGUACCUACACCCCGACAAAUCUCAUCAGCGACAAUAGUCUAAAUUACAACAAUGGUAACAGCACACUUAUCUUGUACGACUCUACCGUUCAACCCGAAGGGGAUUACCUGACGAACGGCAACGUGGUGGACUCGCCUUACAGAACCGGUCAAACUAACGGGAACAAAGGAACUUUGAUCGUGCACAGCCAGCAAAGGCAGCCAGAGCGGCAGGUAGUUAAGGUCGCCCUGACGGAAAGUGGCAACUGGCAGGAAAUCUCUCCGGAGCAUGGACCGAAAGACACCAGCGUGACGUCGGGACCAGAAAGCACGCCAAAUUCUUCCAAUUCCGAAGAGAGAGGGAGAACGAGAAGAAAACGACGAGACUUCUUCGGCACGAUAAAGAAACGGCUGAGCCGAUCGAAGACGAGGAGCAGAUCGGUCGGACCGGAAGGCGACGCGAACCACGAGGAUCAACACUCCAGAUCUGUGUCCGCGGACAGAGCGCGUGAUCCUGGCUCGGCUCGUUUAUCGAUACCAGGGAGGGAAGAGCAUUCGAGGAGAUCGAGUUUGAGCGAAGCGUCCGGUAUAAGCGGAGCGUCGACCAGAACAUACGUAAACGAGGCUUCCACCUUAGUUCUCGAGACGCUCGAGAACGGUAUCAAAAAGCAUUACCUAGUACCAUUGUCGCUCGCUCAAAAGAGCAAAUGGCGGAAGAAAGGCACGAAGCUUCACAUAUUCAACGAUCACACUUUCAUAGCGAAACACAUGCCUGGUGGGACUGUAUGCGAGGUGUGUAAGCGAACGCUCGCGCGAAGAUUGGGCAAGCAGGGUUACGAGUGCAGAGACUGUUUAAUGAAAUGUCACAAGCAUUGUCACGUCAAGGUGGACACUACGUGUCCCACAUCCACCAUUCAGAGCAUCGAACUGUCUCUACUGCCGGUACUCAGUGAAUAAGAUGGAACGUGCGUAAAGGCGCCACGGGCCGAGCGCAGAUCGACCAGUCGGCUUUGCUGAUGAAACCUUUGACGAACGUGUUCGAUCACAACCAUCGAAACGUUCAUCCAGCUUGGGAUCAUGUUCAGGAAACGAAUCAUUUGCCCUAUUGAAAAUCGUCGUUCGAAAUCGCUUCGUACGUAGUCGCACAUCUGCGAAGCGAAUCCUGGCCACGCUACGCCACGUUGUAGGCAACCACGCGCGGAGGGAGAAGGCAGCAAACCUACACGUACACGAUAAGCGUUACGAUUUGCUUCCAAGCACGAAGCGCCUUUGAACGCCCAUUCUGCACCAUUCUGUUACGCUACUACUUAUUACGCUUUUUAAUCUAUACAAAACGAACACGAAACGCGAACGUGAACGUGAAUACGAAAUACUCGAAAACGAAGCGAACGAAACGAAACAGAUCGACACUUUCCGUGGACAAGAUUUUACGAUUCUCUGGUUCCAAUUGUGACGAUAGUUGAGAACAAAGUUGGCUCCGGAAAGUUUUGGUUUUUUUUUUUUUUUAAGUACACGUACAAAUUUAAAUUACUCUGCGAAUAUCUACACGGUGAGGUGACAUUUGUAAUAACAAUUUCCGAGUGUCUGAAAAUUUUCGAAAUGUCCACGGAAAGGUCAAGAAAGAAACGGAAGAGAACCGUGCCGAUAACUUUCCUCUAGAAGCAAAACGUUCUUCGGGUUCGGACGGUGGCGAGGAGUGAACGUGAUACGUCAGAAACGAUUGAACUUAAAUAACGUUCGCGACGAAUGAUCAAACAUUCAUCCGUUACUAUUUAUUCUAGUUUUCCUCAGAGUCCCCUCGAAUUUUCACGAAACUUUUUACAGUUAAGGGAACCGCCGAUUUUCUAUCGAUUCUUAAUCUUAAGCCUUAAGCGAUCACGAUCAUUUUCCUUUUUCUCUCCUUCGUUCGUUUCUCUAGCUCGUUCUUUUAGAAACACGUGAGCGACCCUUCCUUAACCAUUUCGAGUAGCAUGCACAGUUGUUUGUCCGCUGCUGUACAGCGUUCUUUGGAAUAAAAAUUUCUAAAAUUUGUGAAUUCAAUCGUUUUCUACAUACGCGGAGAGAAAUCUCUACCGAUGGCAAUAAUAUGACUGAAAUUUGAAAUUUGAUUUUUUUUUUUUUUUUAAGAAGCACGAAGAUAUUAUGUUCAGAGUACUGAAAAAUGUGAUUCUAUGUUUCGUUAUGUAGUCGCCGGUGUCCCGUUGGUCUCGAAAGGGUUGAGGGAUAUGCACGAUAAAAUUUGCGGGAAAUUGUAGUACAUCGAGACGAGAAACGAAACGCGUGAACGAUAGUGCCUCUAGAUACGAAAGUUCGUCGUUAUCUUUUGAAAUAUUGUAACUUUAUCCCGUGAAAGUAAUACUUUUGACAAUAUACUCGAUCGUUCUAUUCGCAGAAUUCGAUCGAUCAAUCAAACUCAAAUACAAACGCUUCAACGCGCACACUUGUGCCUACGUAUGCGUAAAGAAAGCAUCGUAAUCCUCGAAUAAUACGCAUUACCGGCUGAUAAAUAUUACUGUAAUCAUAAUUAUUACGAUUGAUGAUUACGAUCACGACAAUUAUAAUUAUUAUUGCUAUUACUAUUAUUCUAUAUUAUUAUUAUUAUUAUUGUUGUUGUUACCAACGUCAUUGUUUACGAUUGUUACUACCAUUCAUAAGGAUAGAAAAUAAUGUUCAUGGUUGAUGUACGACAAACAUUACCACGGUGAUAUUCCAGCAGGUGUUGUAACGAUGAUGAUAAUGAUAAUAAUACUGUGUUACGUUGAAAGAAAUAAUAUGGUUACAUGAUUAUGA